GCGCAUGUGAAUCAUUUCACAUUCGAACGUGUGCCGGUGUCUCGUCACGGUCGGCCCGCGAUCGCGUUCGCUCAAGUAUUAUAAUUAUAUAUUAUUUUUAUUUUUCUAUAAUAUCGAUUUUCGUUUUGAUAGUCGUAUCGUAGUUAAUAGUAAUAUUAUAUUAUCGUAGUAAAAGUAUUAUCGAUUCGUCGAUGUCGCCGUUCGGAUAAUAUUAUUUCCGCCGGUGAGUAUUGUUAAAUUUUAUUUUUCGUUUAUAUUUUUUCACUCAUUAAUACGUCGAUUGUAAUGUACCGUCUCUCGUGUAUUAUAUGAUAACACUUCAUAUUAAAUAUUAUACGCUCAAUAGUAUUAUAAAAAUAAUAUUCUACUGGGAUCGAGAAACAAUACUACGAAGAAACGAAAAUACUGCGUUCAGGUUGUGUCUUGCACAUCGGUCGCAGAGACGCUGCACAACUCCUCCAGCGAAGUUACUCAGUGUGGUCGCGUGAUACAGUCGCACCACAUAUUAUCGUGAUAUAGCUGCGAGGUGGGACGACUCAUUUCCAACACUUGAAAAGAAGCAAACGAACCGCAAUCAUCAUGGGUUCACAAGGCGCAGAGCCGGAACUCCAGACGUUCCUGUUGGACGACAAGUCCAAGAUGAAAGAAGUACCACAAACCAAACGAAAAUCUAGCAAAAACCAAGAGAAGAGCGAAGUAGCACACCUCAAUGGCAUCGAUUAUUUCGAUCCAUUCCUCGAGAGAAACUUGGAACACCCGACCACCAACGGCGAGACCCUGACUCAUUUGCUCAAGGCGUCUCUGGGAACCGGGAUCCUGGCCAUGCCGCUAGCUUUCCAGUGUGCGGGACUUAUAACCGGCAUAUUCGCAACUGUGUUCGUGUCGUUCGUGUGCACGUUUUGUUCAUACUCACUGGUGAAAUGCGCCCACACGCUCUACAGACGUACCAGAGUGACGGCCAUGGGCUACGCGGACGUGGCCGAAGUGGCGUUCGCCAACGGACCCCCGUGGUCCCGGAAGUUCUCGUCUAUCACCCGGCAGUCGGUGCUCUGGCUGCUGUUCGUCACGUACUUUGGGACGUGCAGCGUGUACACGGUGAUCAUCGCCUCCAACUUCGAACAGCUGUUCGCCCACCACAUGGGUUACUCGCUGAACCUCCGGUACUUCAUCGCCAUGCUGCUCUUGCCGCUCAUACUGCUCAGCUACGUGCCCAAUCUCAAGUACUUGGCGCCCGUGUCUAUGGUCGCCAACCUGUUGAUGUCCGUCGGUCUGGGAAUCACGUUCUAUUACACGCUGAUAGACAUUCCCAGCAUUUCGGAAAGAGAGGCCGUGGGCUCCUUCGAAACGUUCCCGACGUUCUUCUGCCUCACCGUGUUCGCCAUGGAAGCCAUCGGAGUGGUGAUGCCGUUGGAAAACAACAUGAAAACACCCAGAAAAUUUUUGGGAGUUUUCGGCGUGCUGAACGUCGGAAUGGGUGGCGUGACCAUCGUAUACAUUAUGCUCGGUUUCCUCGGUUUCUUGAAGUACGGCAAUGAAACGAAAUCGAGUAUAACAUUAAACCUCCCCACCGAAGACGCUGCCGCUCAAGUGGCUAAGAUAUGCAUCAGCUUAGCAGUGUUCUGCACGUACGGUCUACAGUUUUUCGUAUGUUUGGAAAUCGCGUGGACCAAAAUCCAGGAAAACUUUGAAAAAGCUACAAUCUACCACAAUUACGUUUUGAGAACAGUUCUGGUGACCGUGUCUGUGGCGAUCGCGGUAGCCGUACCGACAAUCGGUCCGUUCAUCGGACUCAUCGGCGCCUUCUGUUUCUCGCUGCUGGGCAUCAUCGUGCCCGUGAUCAUAGAGUUCGCCACUUACUGGGACAAGGUGACCGUCUGGAUGACCAUCCGGAACGCGGUGCUGAUCUCCGUCGGCAUCUUGGCGCUGGUCUUCGGCACGUCCAACAGUAUCUCGGACAUCAUCACCGCGUACGUACCCGUCCCCGAACCGGCCGUCAACGCCACGGGGCCGCACACGGCCUCCCAUUGACCGGAAGUCCGGCCACACCGUCGACCACUGCAACCGCCCUCCCCCCUCCACACACACACACGAAGAAUUCGAGACUUCCGGUCGUGCCGACGAGCGUACACCGUUACGAUAAUUAUAAAUGUUAUAUACCCACACACACACGCAUACAUGUAUAUAUAUAUAUAUAUAUAAAAUACGGUAUUAUACGUGUUUUUAUUAACGAGUGUAUACGUAUAUUGAAAAUGUAUAAACCGCGGUGGUCGGGACGGGGUCGGACGACGACGCACGAGCAUUGGCAACCGACAACCGAUUAGUCGUGUCGUCGUCGUCGCCGCCGCCAUAUCGUUUCCUCCGACGUGCGCCCGCCGACCACUGAGCUUACUUGUGCGCAUGGCUUUGGCGGGCACAUAAUAAUAAUAUAGGUGACAGACAUAUAUUACAUAAUGAUAUUAUAUUUUUAAGGCGCACUCGCACAUCGAAAAUAAAAAUGUUUAAGUAUUAUAUUUAUAUUAUUAUAUUUUAAUUUUAAUUUAUUUUCUAAACAUAAUUAUGUCAGAGACUUAGGAUUAAU